AUGAAACUCCCUCUUGCACUCUGCACAUUGUCGAUGACGACCUCUCGAUCAGACGCUCGUCCGUCGUUCGUAGCUCGUAUCCCAAAUGGCAACGAAGUAGCUGGCAUUGCUGCAUUAGGCCACGUCAAUGAAGUUGGUGGCGGCGCAACGAACGCCUUCGGCGACGCCUUUGGAGCUGCAGGCCACGAGUGGACAAAGGAGCUUUGCCAAGCGGACUCGGACAGUGACGGCGCAUCGAAUGGAGAGGAGCUCGGCGACCCCUGCUGCACCUGGACAGCUGAAGCUGGAUUCGACAGCACUUCUUCAUCGGCCACAAUGUCGUCCCCGACCCACCCCGGUAUUGCAAACAGCUUUACAGAGUCCCAGCUGGCUGCAAUGGUCUGUGGUGCAGAGGCUGAACUUGACCUCGUUGCUUCGAGUGGAGCUGUCUCGUCGAUUUCGUCCGACUCGGCGUCGGGGUCAUUGGCAUUUUCAUCCUCAUUACAGGAUGACAGCAGCUCCCGCGUAGGCAGUUUGUCGGACGAUGAUGUGGCUCACAAAGACCCGCACCGAGGCUUUUCCGGCUCAAAAGUGGACCACAAGUUGCCACCUUCAACUACUUCGGAUGCUGCUCCUCCUCUGCAUUGCUCAAUACUUGCACUGACGACGGCCUAUUUUUGCUUGUCACUCGCCCUCGCGCUUGCUGCGAAUUGA